AAAGCUAUUAUUAAAUCUUGCUAAAAGUUGUGAAACCGAGCUCCGAGAAGGCCGAAACAGCCUUCAUAUAGACCAAUUUUCCAUACGAAGUUAAUGCAGCUAUGGAUAUUUUUAUUGAUCUUGGGAAAGAAUAAAUAUCUAAAACCAUGACUUACGCAACAGAACCUGAAUUAGAGGAAAGAAUCGGUCCACUUUCUUUGAUUGCUUUGUACGUGUUCCUGACCGUGCUCAUAUACCUCAUCGCAGUGUAUCGUCGCGGGAAGCGACGGGAGGAAGACAAUGAGCGAGUGGGUCGAAAUCGGGAUGGUAGAGCUGAGAAGACAAGGACAGUAUUACUCGUAAUUGCGCAUCCAGACGAUGAAUGCAUUUUCUUCGCGCCUUCAAUCCUGGCACUCAAUUCCAAUCUUUCUACAUCUGUACAUAUUUUGUGUCUUUCCAAUGGGGACUACUACGGAAAGGGAGAGUUGAGAGAGAAGGAACUGAUUCAAAGCUGUGCAAUCCUUGGUAUCCCAUCAUGCAAUGUGACAGUGUUGAACGAGAGUGCACUACCAGAUGACCCCAGUGUUGUAUGGGACGAGGAGCUUGUCAGCAAACUAGUUCUUCAUCAGAUCGUCAAGUGCGAUGCUCAUAUGGUUCUUACCUUUGACAAACAUGGUGUUUCAUCUCAUCCUAAUCACAUAGCAGCUUACAGAGGUGUGAGAAAACUGGUUGUUGAACGUCAGCUUCCCUCAGGUGUUCGUGCUUUCUGCCUGGAAUCAAUCGGUAUAGUGAGAAAGUAUAGUUCCUUCCUGGAGGUACCCAUUAGUUUCAUUCUUAGUGCGAUCAGAGGCUACAAGGUUCUGGUCUCCUCGCCCUAUGGAGUUCUAAGAGCUCAGCGUGCAAUGAAAGCCCAUGCUUCUCAGUUUGUUUGGUUUCGUGUUCUCAACGCGAUCUUCUCUCGUUAUUUCAUCAUCAACACCAUCAGGAGCCUCAAAAUCAAGGAGGACUCUUAAAGCAACA